AUGUGGGGAACAAAACAGCCUGCUUGGUACGAUCCAUUGCUGGAGCUCCAGGAGAAGCCGGAACUAGCUGCAGCGAUUCUUCUUGCGGGGCUUGUUGUGCUGUUGUCUGCGCGAUGGGUGGUGACUCAGGUUGGCGGCGGAGCUGGAGGUGGUCCUUCCUCGUGGACUGGCGGAGACUUUACACCGGUCGAGAGCCCACAUUUUACUCAGUCUGCCGAGAUGGAAGGCCGCAGCGUCCAUAGCAUGAUUGAACAGUCGCCAUUGCAGGCUCAGAUUUUCGCCGCGCGCGACGUUGCGUCUCUGCACAGCCUUUUUCCGUCCCACGGUGACUUCACGGACCUAGGGGAUUUCGUGUCGUUCAUGGUGCGCCAAGUGGCUCUCAAUGAUCCGCGCCGUCGCGACGUAAGCCUAGCGAACCUGCCACUGAAUACCCCAGUGCAGGCCGUCUGCGGUGGAAAGAAGUCCUACUUCGAUGUUCUCUUCGAAGCUCUGGAAACCAACACGGUGGUGGAGAGUUUGAACCUCGGCAACACGCGCAUGGACCAGGAAGCGAUGGGCGGUCUGUGUCGCAUGCUGAAGAGCAACAAGAAGACUCAGCUGAAAAGCAUUAUUGUGGAGAACAACCGCAUUUCCAAGAAUGGGGCUUUUGCCUUGCUCGACGCGUUGAGGGGCCAACAAACUGUCGAAGAAAUCCGAUUCUUGAAUCAGGUGGGAAUACCUGCGCGUUGUCGCGAGAUCGAGGAGGCUCUGGUCGAUACGCUCGGUCAGAAUCAAACCUUGUACAGGAUCGGUUGGGAUCUCUCGGACCCAACGUGCCGAAAUAAGAUCGACAGACAGUGCAUGGACAAUAAAUCUGCUGCAAGCAAACGAGCUGCGCAAAAGAAAAAGUAGAGGAAAGAUCCGAAAUUAUGACUCGGAUUCUAUCUGAAGAGAUACAACUGGGUGAGGGUGAUGAAGGUGUAGCGCUCAACGAGACACCAUAAUCAGACCCUCCAGCGUCGGUUUUUAUAUACUCCUACUAUGGUCGUAAUGUUUUUUAUGCAGUAGUUUUUUAGAGAAAAAAUGUAUAGUUUAUCGGGAGAAUGCAAAUGAUGACAUGUUAAUGUUGAUAUUUUGAUUACGUGGAGUUGAUUGGAGGAAAGUCCACAGAAGUAGCGCCUGUGAGUGUUAACUCCUGGUCGAUAACAGUGUUUGAACGAACGUAUGUGAAAAAUGUUUGUAUACAGCGCAUCACACAAAAGCAGUAAAAGGGUAUACUUCUUACUGAGCCUGUAGUACUAGUACGCAAUGAAUAAGAUAAAUGUUUAGGAGAAGGGAAGAUAGUCUUAGUCAUAUCUUCUGCGCUAGCAGAUACACAGCUUUACAUGACAAAAUAUUAUGCUUGAUCAUUCAGAAUCAGUUUUAGAAUAAAUUUAGAAACCAUGCUGUGACCAGAUUUCUGGCCGAUCUUGGGUAGGAACUCUGAUCAUCUUCAUCGUGACCAAACGAGCGGUAAAUGAAAAAGUAUACGCGUCAAGGUGAAUGUCACCAUUGGAUGAGG